AUGGCAUUAACGCCUCUGGCGGGAGGACCUUCGGGGUCUUUGCAUUCCCUCGAUGAACUUGAAGAAGAGGAUGAUGACCCAGUGAUAACUGACAUCUUAGUUCACGAACAAGUGGACGACACCCAACGGAAUAAAGAGAACAAUGACCAUAAAGAAAAGGAGGAGGAAUAUGAGGAUGGCCGAGAUGAAGCUAUGGAGGAGGACGUGCCCAGGGAAAAUGCCGAGCUACAAGAGCACGCAUUUGCCGUAAAAGAAAGACUACAUGACUUGCCGGAUCAGCCGGAAAAGCAGGCCAAUACGAUUGCCCUCCAGGAGAAACAGGAGGAGAAAGAUGUCAAACGAAACGAGGUAGAGGAACGACUCGAAGUCUUGAAAGACGAGGAGGAGGAGGAUGAACCGGCUCCUCCUAUUAAACAUGAGGUUGAAGAGUCAGCGACAGUCUUGGAUGAAGUCCCAUCAGAUGUGGAAGAGAGCGCGGUACCGAUUGUGUCUCCUGAUCGUCCAAAGUCAGCUGAAGUCUUCUGUGAUGAAGUCAAGAACGAAGCGGAAAAGGCAAAGAAGCUUAAAGACGAAAUCAAGCAGGAGUCUGAUCAGGUAAAGAUAAAGGAGAAUGAGAAGCGAUUGGAGGACGAGUCCGCCAAAGCGCAAGAGGCCAUUGACCGCGAGAGCGCGCAAUUAAAUUAA